CCAGUGCGGGCUUCAAAAUAAUCAUCAUUACAAGCCUAUAAAAAUAAAAGCAAUUAUGUUGCAAGUCUCAAACGAGGUCACGAUGAAACGGAAGAUCCCCGCGUUGUGUGUCAUUUUAAAGUGAUCCUCUGUUCACUGAUAAGCGCAUCAGAAAGCAAGUGAAACAAGAGCGAGCACCACGCAAGCGCGCAAAGAAGAGACCUGACACCUGAUUUUUUUAGGGGUGUCUUUAGUGUUUUCAGGUUUUAAGUCAGAUAAUCUGUGCUUUUGAAGGCCUCCACGGUGCAGUGAGGCAGGCAUCGUGGAUUAUUAUCACCAUGGACAAACGGAGAAAAGAGGACAGAGCCCUGCGUUGACUUUUGAAGCAAUGUGCAGAGUCUUGGCAACGCUAUAGCGCUACACUAUCCGUGUUACUGUUUUUUCGGUUCUGUUUUGUUCUAUUUUUUACUGUCUGCCACAUCUCAACAUUAUAAGUCAAAUAUCUGUCGAUAAGAAAAAGAGCAGGGUGUUGUCAGAGAGAGGGAUGAGAGGAGGAGGGGGGCAGUAUGAGGUGUGCUUUUUUUGGAAAAGCCGGAGACAGACGGACACCGAGAAGGUGUAUUGAUGUGCGAAAGCCUGCGACGCGUUACUCUCCCGAUAAAAAAUUGUGAUAAGGGAAGAAAUGGCCUAGUUAAAACAUCACCGAGACACCGACAGAGGACACAAAACAAGAAGCGGUUUUUAUAUGGACGGGCCAUCAUCAUCAUCAUCACCAUCAUCAUCAUUCUGGUGCGUGCAUCGAGCCUUGUAGGUGUGAUUGGCUUCCUCGUUGCAGCCCUGGGCCUAUCAGGAGCUCCCAAGAAGCAGACGGAUGAGACCAAAGAGUCUACUUGAGGAUGCUACCUAUCCCACCAUCUAGGGAAACGCUGUCUGCACCUCUGAUGUUAACCUGUCACCUUCCACAAAUCCUCUUUCUGCCUACUUUAUCUCUAAUAACCCACUGACUCUGUGAUCCCUCUCUACACCCAACUGAAGCCCUAGUGAUAUGACUAAAAGAGUCUUUAUUUUGGACAUGUUGUUUUUUCCUAUGAAUGCUGCCAGCCACCAAGGCUAUGGUGGAAAGCGACGUAACAGCUCUCAGCAGAUCUCAGAUCAUUGUCUGGUAUGGCUUUUGGGGCUAGUGCUACACCUGGCUCUCUCUUCAUGUCAGCGAGUUGACCUGAAACACCCCAUAGUAAGCACAGGGUAUGGAAAGUUGCGUGGAAUCAGGAAGGAGCUCAACAAUGAGAUCUUGGGUCCCGUAGAACAGUACUUGGGCGUGCCAUAUGCCACAGCACCUAUCGGCGAGCGUCGUUUCCAGCCCCCUGAGGCACCAGGCUCCUGGCAGGAGAUCCGUAAUGCUACUCAUUUUGCACCCGUGUGUCCCCAAAACGUGCACGGGGUAUUGCCUGAGAUCAUGCUACCUGUGUGGUUCACAGACAACCUGGAUGCAGCAGCGACCUAUGUGCAGAACCAGAGUGAGGACUGCCUGUACCUCAACAUCUACGUACCCACUGAAGAUGGUCCACUCACAAAAAAACACGAUGAGUCUACAAUGAACAGGCCGAGGGAUGAAGAUAUCCGUGAUCGCCGUAAGAAGCCAGUGAUGCUGUUCAUCCAUGGGGGCUCAUACAUGGAGGGCUCAGGGAACAUGUUUGACGCCAGUGUCCUCGCUGCCUAUGGAAAUGUCAUCGUGGUCACCAUGAACUACCGCCUUGGUGUGCUUGGGUUUCUGAGCACAGGGGACCAGUCUGCUAAGGGGAACUAUGGCUUGUUGGACCAGAUCCAGGCUCUGCGCUGGCUCAAUGAAAACAUCGGCCACUUCGGAGGAGACCCAGAGAGAAUCACUAUCUUUGGCUCCGGAGCCGGCGCCUCCUGUGUUAACCUUCUCAUCCUCUCCCACCACUCCGAGGGUCUGUUUCAAAGGGCCAUCGCCCAGAGUGGAUCAGCAAUCUCCAGCUGGUCAGUCAACUACCGACCACUGAUGUACACCAGGGACCUUGCCAAGAAGGUCGGCUGCAGUCUGGGAGACAUGGCCGAGCUGGUGGACUGCCUGAGGAGGAAGAGCUUCCGGGAGCUGGUGGACCAAGACAUCCAGCCCAAUCGCUACCACAUUGCCUUCGGGCCUGUGGUGGACGGGGAUGUGGUGCCGGAUGACCCUGAGAUCCUCAUGCAGCAGGGAGAGUUCCUCAACUAUGACAUCUUGCUGGGUGUCAACCAGGGGGAGGGCUUGAAGUUUGUGGAUGACAGCGAAGGAGAGGACGGGAUAUCGGCAGCCUCUUUUGACUACACCAUCUCCAACUUUGUCGACAAUCUAUACGGAUAUCCUGAUGGUAAAGAUAUCCUGAGGGAAACCAUCAAGUUCAUGUACACAGACUGGGCUGACAGGGACAACAGUGACAUGCGCAGGAAGACCCUCCUGGCUCUGUUCACAGACCACCAGUGGGUAGCGCCGGCAGUAGCCACUGCCAAGUUGCACGCCGAGUUCCAGUCACCUGUCUACUUCUACACCUUUCACCACCAUUGUCAGACUGAGGCAAGGCCCGAGUGGGCAGAUGCAGCCCAUGGAGAUGAGAUCCCCUAUGUUUUCGGGAUUCCCAUGGUGGGAGCAACAGACCUGUUUCCCUGUAAUUUCUCCAAGAAUGAUGUGAUGCUCAGCGCUGUGGUCAUGACCUACUGGACCAACUUCGCCAAGACAGGGGAUCCUAACCUACCAGUUCCUCAGGACACCAAGUUCAUCCACACCAAGCCGAACCGCUUUGAGGAGGUUAUCUGGACCAGGUUCAGCUCCAAAGACAAGCAGUACUUGCAUAUUGGCCUUAAGCCUCGCGUCAGAGACAAUUACCGGGCCAACAAGGUGGCCUUCUGGCUGGAGCUGGUGCCACACCUCCAUAGCCUCCAUAUCGACCCACCCAUCACAACGCGUCUGCCACCUGGAGGCACCAACCGAUGGAAGGGAACUGGCACCCGAACCACACGACACCCUGUAAUCUCCACUUAUCCCCCCGAUCCUGAUCCCGACAGUUCAGAGCGGCCUCGCUACUCUCCUUUUCCAGGUGAGACUAGGGACUACUCUACUGAGCUGAGCGUCACAGUGGCCGUGGGCGCCUCACUCCUCUUCCUCAAUGUGCUCGCCUUUGCCGCACUUUACUACAAACGAGAUAAGCGCCACGAACUUCUGCAGAGACGCCACCGCCGCCUGUCCCCACAACGUGGCGCCGCAAUGGGCAUGGGAGUCGGCAUAGGAGUAGUAGGGGCCCCACCGCACAAUGACCUGGCACUGAGCCAGGAGGAGGAGCUUAUGUCACUGCAGAUGAAGCAGCAAAGAGUGGAGCUGGAGCACGGCACGCCCCUGCCUUCCCGUGGCGUCCAUGGUGACCUGGAACCCCUGCGGCCACCCGUGUGCCCACCUGACUACACGCUAGCCCUGAGGCGGGCACCGGAGGACGUGCCACUGAUGACGCCCAACACCAUCACCAUGAUCCCCAGCACCAUCAGCGGCAUGCAGCCCCUCCACCCCUUCAACACGUACCCCCCUGUCCCCGCCCCAUCCACUACGCCCGUCCCCAGCCACAGCAACAAUGCCCUACCGCACCAACACUCCACCACCCGCGUAUAGGACCAGGCACAACCUCUGCCACCCAACUCUGGGCUUACAGAGAUGCACCACACACUUCUCCUCUCUUCUCCUUUCACUAUCACCACCCUCUCUUCUUUACUGUUCUUCUCUUUAUCUUUGUCUUUUCUCAUUAAGCCCUCAAGUAAAGCUGCAGUUUGUAAGAUUUUAAGCAGUGAAAUACCUCUAAAAUGUAAUCAUGAAUCAAGAUGGUUGAUUAAAAAAGCUCCUUUGCCAAAAGCUUGUCAUUAUAGGUUACUGCUUUGCCCCAUUAGAGCACUUUCGGUAUCUGGUGUUGAGGUCAGACACCAAAUAUGCAGCUUUAAGCUUGUAGCUCUCUCUUAAAGAGGCACAGAGCUGAUCACAAUCAGGCAAUUUAUGUGUAGCUCGUUUAGAACGCAUGUGUUGUUGUAUCAGUGUAAAACUAUGUUUAACAUGGAAUACAAAUGUCCAUUUUCAUCCAUCACUUGGUGCACAGAUUAUACAGUAGCUAGCAGUUUUGUAGGAGGCAACAUAUGCCCCCCUCCCCAAAAGAAAAAGCGUCUCUCAUAAACAGUGAUUUCUUGAAACUUACAAAUUGCAGCUUUUAAGGCCCAAUCUGGAACUGGAAUCCUGUGUUGAGCUUAACUGCAUAUCUUUUUUUUUUUUUUUUUUUUUUUUUUUUUUAUAAUUCUAAUUUUUAUUCUUAUUUCUAUUUUACUGUGAAAUGUAUAGACUGAGCUGUGGGCAGUGGACAGCGUCUGACAGCUAAGCAUGAUAAGUAAUAUGUUUUAAAUGCAUUUUAAAAAUUUAAGAUUCCUUGUUGCCAUUUUUCUUAUUCGCAAAUAAAUCGAAUUGUGCUUUGAGUUAUGGUGGGAUCUGAGAGUCGUGAUUCUUCAUUGGCAAGUCCUACCUUUUCAAAAAAUAGGCAUAUCCAUAAAUGAUAUGUUCAAACCCUUUCCAGAUUGGGGCUUUAACUCCUGGGCUGUACAGGAAAUGACUGAAUCACACUCAGUCUGUGGGAUGCAACCUGGAAUCCAGGCUUCCCAUUAGAGCUCACUCGAUCUCGGCCACACAGGCUCUAACCGUGUCCAUCUCUUUAUUUGUUACUCACUCACUAUCUCUCUGUCUGUACCCUUUUCCAGCCCAGAUAACUGGUCCUCCUUUCUCUGCCUCACACUCUUUUCUCUCUGCAUCUGCUCUUGUAGCUCUUCUUUUUUUUUUUUUUUUUUUUUUGAUCACCUCCUUAACAUAAUCGCUCCACUUUCAUUUCCAUCUCCACGUCUUUCCUCUUUCUCGCAAUCACUUCUAGACUCCUUUUUUCCUUGUAGGAGUCUUUUAUACAAAAAAAGAACACAAAUGUAAAUGAUGUAUUAUUGAUAAAUUGUAAGGAUAUGAAUGAAAAAAGUGAUAUUCUGAUAUCUCGUUUUUACCAGCAUUCUUGGUGCCAAGUACUGUGAUAAAGUUCCUCUCUCACUGGGGUCCAAUGGACCACCUAGAGAGGCCCAUCCUGACUCUAUCUUACAAAAGGAAUUACCAUCAUAAAAAGUGCCAACCCCUUCAUCUUUCUUUUUGAUCCUCACUUUUUUAAAAAUUACACUCAGUGUUGCACUGUGGCUGGUCUCUUCUUCAAGGGAAAUCAGAUUAAAUAUAUCCUCGUUUUAAAAAAAAAAAAAGAAAAGAGAAUAUGAAGAUUUAUUAACUAGUUUGCUGUCUGGGAUAUUUGCAUGAUUUUUUUCUAAAGAGUGUGGACAGAGAAGUUUUUUUGUUUUGUUUUGUUUUGUUUGUUUGUUUUUUCAUCUUGAUUUUCAUGUUUUGCCUUGUUUCAUCAUUGAUUGAUUUGGAAAUCAUUUUCAUUUCCUUGUUUUUUAAUAUCAACUGCACUUUGUGGUACUUCAAAGGGUAUUAAAAUAUUAAGAGAUGAAUAAUGUGUAAAACUAUGAUUAUAACAAAAAGAGUAAAUAAUUCCUGUAUUUUAUUUUAUUUUUUUCGACUCCUAACACUGAGGCUGUGCCGCAAACAACCAGAAAAAAAAAAAAAAACUGAUGAAAGCCGCCUUCUUUCCCCUUCUUUUCGCUCUGUUUCUCUUAUCUUUGCAGCUGUGAAGUUUGCACAGUCAUUGUAUCUCAAUCUCACCUGAAGAUAGCACUUUUUUUUUAGUUAUUAAAAAAUGACUACUUUACAUGAAUAGUCUCAAUGGUAAAAAUGAAUAGAAUUUUAUUCUCCCUAAAAUAAGGUUUUUGUCUGUGAUUGACAUUAACCACAUGCUUCAAGUGUUUGAAGACUGCCUGACACUUAUCUUUUUGUCUGCUCUUGGGUUUUUAUUUUUGUUUGUUUGUUUGUUUUCUUUUGUUUUCUUUUGUUUUUUUCAAGAGUCUCCUUUCCUCCAGGCGGGAGAAAGGGGUAAGAUAUAUUUACAACGGUCAAAAGUUGAGAAAGCCUUCUACGCGCUUUUCAGAUCUUUCGCACAAUUGAACACAGAGACAGGGCGCGCUCUGGACAAUAAUGAAACAACACUGUUACGAAAGUGACAUUGGGACAACCCUGGAGAAACGCAGACAGUGAUCCAGUGGUGACGAUGAAACGGCUCCUCCACAGUGAUCUGUCGGUGCACAGAGGAUGUAUUUGAAAAAGAAAAAACAAAAAAAACAAAAAACAAAACCUGGGUUUAAAAAAAAAUCUUUAUCAACAGACAUUUCUCAUACACCAUACACCACAAAACCAAGGCUAGCGGGAUGAAUUCCUCCUCCUUGUCCUGUUCUGUAUCCUGUGGACUCAGGAUAACACCGCUCUGGACCCAGACUGCCAUCCCUCACACUGGACUGCAGAGAGCUGAGAGGACAAAAGAACAAAAAACCACUCACGAGAAAACAAACUGUACAUUUUUUAAGUGUAAGAGAACAAACUGGAAUUUGUAAAUAUUCUGUUUAUUGUUUGGUUUGAGUGAUUGGCCAAAUCUUUUCGUUGUGACAACAGGUGCAAGUUUAGACGAUUUAAGCGAUUUUAGCAUCCGACGCGUACGUUUGAUUCUCUUUCGUUUUCCUAGAUCUCAAGGGCAAAUCACAACAGGCCAUGGGCACUUGCAUACGUUUAUUAAUUAACAUACAUGAAUAAUCUGUCAGUGAAAAAAAGAAAAAAAUCACAGCAUGGUUGAGGUCAGCAUAAAUGUGAAAAGGAAUGCCUCUGGCUCAGGUUUGCCUAGAUAUUGUGAAAUAAAUGCAUACGGCUCUUAUUGCACAUGGCUGUCUGAAGCAUAAGUUACACAUCUGGCACUGUCCCAUCAGUCGUGAAGGCAGCUUUUGAGUGGAAUGAGUCUUUUCAUCGGGUAAAAAGCCAAAGAACAGCCACAGAGAACACAGAUGUGUGACGGGAAAACAGGGACGACUGAAGAAGUGAGGCAGAAGAACAAAGAGACGGAGCCGUAGGUUUAAAAUGUGCUCGAAUCGAACCGCAGAACAGAGAAUUUCACUUGUGAUGCUGUUUGGAGGAACAGAAACUGUUAGUGUCUCACAUUGUCUUGAGCACUGACAUGCAGUACAAACCCAGAGUUGUAAGGUUGUGAAACGCUUUGUACUUUUUUUGUCUUAUUUUGGACUCUAUACAGUGUGGUUGUUUUUUGCUGUCUUUUACAAUUACGUCUCAUGCACAUUAUGUCGAAGUCAUACUCUGGGAUCAGUGACCCACCUGUUUGCUGUAAAUUUGAGUUGCCCAGGCUUCCAAAAAAACUGCAUUACAAAGAAAAGUAUUUUUUUGGAAACUAGAGUUGGAACAGCCAACAAAAUAUGGAAGCACACCCACCAAGUUUACAUGUUUACACAACAGUUUUGAUGUUGGCUUAAGGUAAGGGAAG